UUGCUAUAUUAUUGUAAAUACAUAUUUGUAUUCUAAAUACUUCUUUAUAUUAUGUCUUGUACUAUGAAAUAAUUGUUUAUUAUAAACUAAAGUAAAAACCUAAGAGAAGCGGAAUACAAAAACAGAGCACCGUAUAUGUGUAUGAAAACAUAUUACUGUAUUGUUAUUAUUUCCUUAUUAUUAUCUCGCGAUUUAAUCAGUUUUGCACGUAGUAUUGCAAAAUUUCAUUUACAAUCUGAUUUUUUCCUCAAACGAUUUCCUAAUUCCAGAUGCUACGGUAGCAAUAUUUCAUUCUUAUUAAGGAUAGGUAUUUAGUACGGUGACAUUGUGUACAUAGAUAAGAAAGUCUUCGAAAUCGUUUGUACCCUGUUUCGUUCAGUCAAAAACCAUCCAGCCGACUGUCAUAUACUGUAUAAAAUUUAUUAAUUAUAACCACAGUUCCUCUAUCUAUCAAUUGGAAGAAAUUGAAGACUUUCAGCUGAUUUGACAAGAAUAUGACGGUAGCUAAGAGUAAUGGAACAACCACAAUGGAUGCAACUACGACCGUCUUUACCGAGAAUGAAAAGAAACUUCAAAGCAACGCUUUGUUACCUUACAAGGGAGGAGAAGAUGACGAUGACGAUGAUGAAAUUACAUUAGAAGACUUGGCUCCAGAUGGUGGCUGGGGGUGGAUGGUAGCUUUUGCUAUGAUAGUAGUAUUUAUUACAACAUUUGGACCAACUACAUCAUUUGCAAUAAUAUUUGGAGACUUUCUUGAAGCAACUGGUCAAGCUGGCACAGCAAUGACACUAUUCAAUUCCGUUUUUAUGAUCACAUUUUCAAUUGCUGGUUUAAUGACCAACUCGCUAAUAAAGAGGUAUUCUAUGAGACCAGUGGGGGUAUUUGGUGCGGUGCUCUUCUCGUUACCAAAUGUCUGUCUGGCUUUCGUUACGAAUGUCUACGAAAUGGCCUUCUUAAAUUUUCUCCAAGGAAUGGGUCUUGGUCUUAUUGUUACCAUUUGCAACACGAACUUCAAUGCUUACUUCGUAAAGAAAAGGGCACCAGUAAUGAGCGCGGCCCAAGUUAUCGUCGGCUUAGGAGGAAUCGCCUAUCCUAUAUGUAUUGAAAAAAUGAUGAGGAUGUAUGGGUUUCGAGGAACAGCAUUGAUGACGGGUGCCAUGAGUUUGAACUGCAUCGUCGGUAUGACAAUGAUGCACCCUGUCGAAUGGCAUGCGAAGAAACCGGAAGAAGUUCGCGCGGAAAAGAUGCGUGAGAGAGAAGAACGGAAGUUGCGCGGUAUAGUAUUCUCAAAUCGUCGUUACAGUGAAGUUAUACGAACUCCUGCAAAAACCAGGUGGAGCAGCUUAACGAGUCUCAAGGGCGAAAGCGGAAAACAGGUUCCGCUUUUAAUUGAAACAUUGAAAUCACCCGCGAAAAGGGUAGCUUCGAUAUCGGAGUUAGAGGGCAGAAUAUGCAACCGAAUAAGAUCUGGAUCAAUGCGCGAGUUGCUAACACGACGACUAUCGACCUUGUCAUCAUCAAGUUUAGUGAAUUUGGUGACAGGUAUUGGCAGUUUAGGGGACACUAGACAACAUCAUCCUGAGAAAACUAAAGAAAAACGAACAGAGAAAGGAGUUCAAGUUUCUAUGCAGGAAGAAAAGGAUAUCGGUAAAGGUCAAUUAGAAGAAAUAUUGGGUGAACUUCUGGAAAUUUCACUUUUAAAAAAUUGUGGUUUCCUAAACAUUUGUCUGGGCACUAGUUUCGUUAUGUCGAGCGAUUUCACGUUUACUUAUCUUUUGCCACUGAUGAUAACCAACAAUGGUUACACGAAGAGCCAAGCAGCCCAAGCGAUUACCAUCUCCGCAGCCGCGGAAUUGGUGUCCAAGAUUUUACUUACAAUUUUCAUUUUGUUGGUGAAAGUCAAAGCGAAGUACAUGUUCUUCGUCGCUAUGAUUUGUAUGGCGUUCGCAAAAGUUGGAUACUUGUUGUACAAUGAUACCUUGAUCGGUACAUUUGUGAUGAUAACAGUUAUAGGAAUGGUUAGAUCAUGGUUAUUGGUUCCUCAGCCAUUGGCCAUUAUAGAAGAUAUCAGUAUUGAUAAAUUUGCUUCAGCAUAUGGAAUUGCUGGCGCUAUUAACGGAGUGAUCUCUAUAUUAUUUGGUCCAAUUGUUGGAUUCCUGAAAGACUGGACCAAUAGUUUCGUAGUCUGCCAGCUUGCCCUUAUAUUAAUGAACGUCCUGUUCGUUAUUCCAUGGGCAGUACAGUUCCUUUCAGUAGAUUUACCAAAGAGGAGGAAGGAACGGAUGGAUAAAAUUGCUGCCCAAACUUCCGGUUCCUUUUCUGCAGAUUGAUGCAAAAGGAGAGAGAGAGAGGGAGAAAGACCUUGUGUGUAAUACACGUCUUUACUAUUUGAUAGUAGAAACUCUUUUGUACAAAAAUAAAUUUAGAUAUUUUUUUACGGCAAUUAAAAAUAUUUUUUUACAAAAUGUAUUUGUUCGUAAAAUGAAAAUUGUUGUGAAUCGGGAGUUACUACUCAUAGCGCUAAUUAUUGCAGUGUGAAAUACAAUGUACAAAUCUUUACAACGA